ACACUGCAAACAAUCAGCAGUAAACACGACCAACCCUCGCAGGUAUAAUGGGCAGUUAGCAAAAAACAGGAAGCACCAGCUCUGUGGCAGGAGAAUACGGCCCAUCAGCAGAAGGGAGGAGUUGUGUAAGCUCCUUAUUUGGUGAAAGAGAUCACGUGGCCUCCUGCGUCUGAACGGUUCACAACAGUUGUGAAGAAGUUGGGAGAACUUCGAACUUUGGAAAGCCAAGAAGACUUCAGUUGGUAGCUUGGAGAAGAAGAAAGUGAAAGGUUCAGGAGACAGCAAAGCACAUGGUGUGAAGGAAAAAUGCCCACCACAUUCACAGUGGUGCCGGUGGAAGAUAGCCCACUAUCAGAGACACAUGAUGAACAGAUCCAAAACGAAGAGGACAAGGAGGGGCCAGACACAGCGGCUGGACCCUGCUCAGACGAUGAAGCCUACAGAGAAACCUGCUCCUUAAUCAGUACAGAUCACGAUGAGAGCCUCUAUGGAAAGAAUAUGGCUCUCUAUGAGGAAGAGAUGGACAGCACUCCAAUGGUGUCGUCUCUCCUCAACAAGCUGGCAAACUACACCAACAUAACUCAAGGGGUUAUUGAGCAUGAGGAGGCUGAAAGUGAGGAUGGUAUCAAGAGAGUCACAGUUAAUGGUCCUCAGAUGGGCACAUUUAUAGGUGUGUACCUGCCAUGCAUGCAGAACAUCCUAGGUGUGAUUUUAUUUCUGCGCCUUACAUGGAUAGUGGGUACAGCAGGCAUCUUGCAGUCUCUUGCUAUUGUCUUCAUGUGCUGUGCUUGCACCAUGCUGACUGCAAUUUCAAUGAGUGCAAUUGCAACUAAUGGUGUAGUGCCUGCUGGUGGCUCAUACUACAUGAUCUCCCGGACAUUAGGCCCAGAGUUUGGAGGUGUAGUUGGUUUGUGUUUCUAUCUGGGCACCACCUUUGCAGGAUCUAUGUACGUGCUUGGCACCAUGGAAAUUUUGUUGAAGUACAUAAUAUCGCCCAACUAUACUGUGUUCCAAGCUGACACGAAAGAGAAGGAAAUGACAGCAAUGCAAAAUAACAUGCGUCUCUAUGGCACCGGUUGUUUGAUUGUAUUGUCACUGGUAGUGUUUCUUGGAGUGAAAUAUGUCAACAAGCUGGCGUUGGUCUUCUUGUCAUGUGUGAUUCUGUCAAUAAUGGCCGUCUAUGCGGGGGCCAUCCAAACCACCAUCAAGACUACCGAUUUUAAAAUCUGUCUACUAGGCAACCGUACUUUGCAAAGUUACAAGUUCGACAAGUGUGUAAAGACAGAGACCAUCGACAAUGUUACCACCACCACCCAACUGUGGGCCCUUUUUUGUAACGACACACAGGAUCUACCAUGUGAUGAGUACUUCAUGAAUAACAAUGUGACAGAGAUUAACGCCACCCGUAGCUUGUUCAGCGGCGACAUAUCAGAUAACUUGUGGGGACAAUAUAGCACUAAAGGUGUAAUAGUGGAGAAGGAGGAAUUGAGUUCAGUAUCUAACAGCGCUGGAAGUUCAGGACCUUAUGUCCUUAAUGAUAUUGCCACCUGUUUUACCAUUCUGGUUGGGAUCUACUUUCCCUCAGUUACAGGAAUCAUGGCGGGCUCAAGUAGAUCUGGAAAUCUUAAAGACGCUCAACGAUCCAUUCCCACGGGCACAAUUAUGGCUGUCGUAACCACCUCCUUUAUCUACAUCUCCUGUGUGGUGUUAUUUGGAGCGUGUAUUGAAGGAGUAGCAUUACGAGACAAGUAUGGAGAGUCGGUUAACAGGACUCUCAUAGUUGGUACGCUAGCGUGGCCGUCUCCUUGGUUGAUUGUGAUUGGCUCAUUUUUCUCUUGCUGUGGGGCGGGGCUACAAAGCCUAACCAGUGCCCCCAGGAUCCUUCAGGCUAUAGCACGAGAUGGCAUCAUGCCUUUCCUGCAGGUGUUUGGUCAUAGUAAAUCUAACGGUGAGCCGACUUGGGCUUUACUGCUCACUGGAGCCAUCUGUGAGAUUGGGAUCCUCAUUGGCUCUCUGGAUGAGGUUGCUCCCAUCCUCUCAAUGUUUUUCUUGAUGUGUUACCUCUUUGUAAACCUGGCUUGUGCUGUCCAAACACUUCUGCGCACGCCAAAUUGGAGGCCAAGGUUCAAGUUCUAUCACUGGUUCCUCUCGUUUCUCGGGAUGAGUCUGAGUCUCUCCCUCAUGUUUGUCUCGUCUUGGUAUUAUGCGUUGAUUGUCAUUGUGUUUGCUGGAUUCAUCUACAAAUACAUAGAAUACAGAGGGGCGGAGAAGGAAUGGGGAGAUGGGCUCCGAGGAUUGUCACUUAAUGCAGCUCACUACUCCCUCAUCAAACUGGAAGAGACGCAACUACACACCAAAAACUGGAGACCCCAGCUGCUGGUGUUCCUGAAACUGGACUCUGACCUGGAAGUGAAACAUUCACGUCUGCUGUCCUUCACAACACAGCUUAAGGCUGGAAGGGGUCUGACUAUCGUCUGCUCCGUACUGGAGGGGACUUACAUGGCUCGUACAGCAGAUGCUAAAACCUCUGAACAGAAUAUCAAAGCAGCCAUGGCAAAAGAAAAAAUGAAGGGAUUCUGUCACGUGGUGGUGUCAUCUAACCAGCGAGAUGGUUUUUCUCAACUCAUUCAGUCUGCAGGGCUGGGUGGUAUGAAACACAAUGCAGUGUUGAUGUCCUGGCCCACUAACUGGAAACAGGCAGAGAGCUCCCUCUCCUGGAGGAACUUCAUCGAAACCAUUAGAGAGACAACUGCUGCCCACCAGGCCCUUCUAGUGGCGAAAAACAUUGACAGUUUCCCCACAAACCAGGAUCGGUUUGCAGAGGGUACCAUUGAUGUCUGGUGGAUUGUCCAUGAUGGCGGUCUGCUCAUGCUUCUUCCAUUUCUGCUCCGUCAGCACAAGGUUUGGAAAAAGUGCAGAAUGAGAAUCUUCACGGUGGCUCAGAUGGAUGACAACAGCAUCCAAAUGAAGAAAGACCUGCAGAUGUUCUUAUAUCACCUGCGUCUCGAUGCUAAAGUGGAAGUUGUUGAAAUGCAUGCAGGUGAUAUCUCAGCCUUCACCUAUGAGAAGACGCUCGUGAUGGAGCAACGGUCUCAGAUGCUGAAGCACAUGCAGCUUUCUAGGACAGAGCGAGAGAGAGAGAUUCAAAGCAUCACAGACGAAUCUCGGAAUUCCAUCAGAAGGAAGCCCUGUGCGGAGAAACCGUCUCCCAACGUCUUGAAAGUACCAACCAUAGUUCUGGAGAAGGAGGCUCAGCUGAUUCAUGACAGGAACACUAAGUCUCACGCUAUCCUGAAUGACAAGGUCACGCCCACCUCCGACCGGGUCCAAAUGACCUGGACCAAAGAGAAGCUGAUUAGUGAAAGGAACCGUCAUCGGGAGCCCAACAUGGCUGUGCGGGACAUCUUCAGACCAGAGUGGGAGAAUCUGAAUCAUGCAAAUGUAAGAAGAAUGCACACGGCGGUAAAACUGAAUGAGGUCGUGGUCAACAAAUCCCAAGGGGCCCAGCUGGUGUUGCUAAACAUGCCGGGACCACCCAAAAGCAAAGAUGGGGAUGAGAACUAUAUGGAGUUCCUGGAAGUCUUGACAGAGGGAUUGAACCGGGUGCUGCUUGUCCGAGGUGGUGGCAGGGAGGUCAUCACUAUUUACUCUUAGCACCCAAGCAAGGACAGGACAGACAUUGAGGAAAGUAUUUUUUGUGCGAACAGACUGUUCAGUACUUCAGAGUUCGCAGAAGGCCAGAGCUGGGCAGAUACUGUACAGAUGAACUCAGCUGUAAGCUGUCCCACCCCUGCUGCAGGCCAGCACUGAAUGUUCACAGAUGGUGGAGGAGAAUUGUUCUUUACUUGGCUGUGAAUGUGAUCCUUAAUAACGUAUACCCUGUAAAUAGAGACACACCAACUGUUUAGCUGGAUCCCCUAAGACUUGAAGGUAAUGUCAGUAUUGUUGUCUUACUGCUGAGGCCAUAGUAAUUUAACUGCAGAGACAACAGUGUUCAAUUAUGAUAGUGUUUUGAGUUUGUGAUUUGUACAUAUGUAUUACUUGUUAUUUUGAAACAUUUCAAAUCUUUCUUCUGAUCUUUAUGUCAUGUUUAAUGUUAGUUUAGAUUUUGGUUUGUUUGUUUGUUUGUUUUAUAUGAUUUGAUCAGUGUUGCUUUCACAAUACAGUAUGGGUAGAAUUACUGAUAUAAUCAAAUCAGCCAAACCAAAUGCAUUCUGCAUUAUUUACUACUACGAGUUUCACUUCUUUUAAAUAUUUCUUAUUUUAAAUAAAACUAGAACAAAAACAUGAAACUUGUGCAUAGGAACUAGUUUUCUCAUAAAUAAAUUAUUAAUGUUUAGUUUUAGUUUAGAAUGAGUAUGAAACAAAGGCACUCAUAUUGCAAGUAUUCACAAAUGAGUAUGUAUGUAUAUAGAUUUUAUAUUAUUUCAUUAAACUUAAUAUCAGUAAUAAAUGAUAUUUCAAGUCUGA